GCAACGGCGGGCGGACGGGUUGAGGCCUGGGCGGGAGGAGCAGGCCCCGCUAGGCCGCGGCCUCAGCGCCGGGGAGUCAUCGCCCUCCUCUGCCGGUAGUUGGGCUGGAGCAUGGAGACCUCCUCCCCACCAGCACCAGGGCUUCCCGCAGGGAAGGAGAGCUGCUCUGGGCCACGGACAAAACCCCACCUCCUGCUGGGUGUGACGGGCAGUGUGGCUGCCCUGAAGCUGCCCCUCCUCAUCGACGAGCUGCUGAAAAUCCCCGGGCUGGAGGUCAAGGUGGUUACAACUGAGAGAGCAAAGCAUUUCUACAAUGCCCAGGAGAUUCCUGUCACCCUCUACAGUGAUGAAGAUGAGUGGCAGCUGUGGAAAGCACGUUCAGACCCAGUCCUGCACAUCGAGCUCAGGCGCUGGGCUGACCUCAUGCUGGUGGCCCCUCUUGAUGCCAACACCCUGGCCAAGCUUGCCAGUGGCAUCUGUGACAACCUGCUGACUUGUGUCAUCCGGGCUUGGGAUCUGAGCAAACCUCUGCUCUUCUGCCCAGCCAUGAACACAGCCAUGUGGGAACAUCCCAUCACAGCUCAGCAGGUGGAGCAGCUGAAAGGCUUUGGCUACACGGAGAUCCCCUGCGUGGUGAAGAAACUGGUGUGUGGAGAUGAAGGUCGAGGUGCCAUGGCAGAAGUGUGGACCAUUGUGGAGUGUGUGAAGAGGAUCCUUGAAGAAAGGGACUUGGCAAAGCAGAGCUGAUGGUUGGGCAUGUUAAUCAUCUUUGUUUGCACCCCCUAACCCUGGUGAUUUGGAGAUAAACCCAACAGGAAGCUGGGUUGAGAUGGCACCGUGCUCUUCAACUGAAGGAGCAGGGUGGUUGUCUUCCACCUGGUGCCAAACCAACAUGUGGUACAUCACUUGCAGAAACCAAAGCCAAGAGCAUGCUGCUUUCACGUGGGAAAACACUCUGGUGUCUCACAGAGGAGGAGUAACACUCCUCUGGGCCCCUGGUAUUUCACCUGUGCUCCUUCCUGAGGAGGCUACAGAAGGAAUUCCCAAUGGGUCAAGUCCAGAGGUUCCCCCAAGGGUUGACAGGGAGGAGAGUGCUGUGCAAGUCCUGGUGAUGGGGAUAAUUCCAGCCCCUCCCAGCCUGUCAGUGCAUGGACAUCCCUGCUCUCCAAAGCCUGAUCCAUAGCUCUGCUGGCUUCCCCUUCCCAGCAACAGUCACCAUCCAACAAGCAUUUCCCCUUCAGGAACUUAAUAAAAGUUCUGCCCCUGAAGAACUGCCUCUUGUAGCUGCUCAGGGAAGGGUUUGGGCCUCACCUGGUUGCUCAGUCUUUGGGUCUGCAUGCUGGUUUUAUCAGAGAUGGGGAAAAAAAUGGACUGAAAGCAGCUCAGCUUUUGCCCUUUUGUAUCUGUUGACUGGGUAGGGAUGCAGAUGUCAGCUGUGAGCCAAAGUGACACCUGCCCAGCUGGGUGCUCCAGGCUGGGCCCCUGUGGAAGGCCAGGGUGGGUGUUUCCCAAGGGAGUGAAGUCAAACUCUGCCUAUGACAGCCCCUUUGGGCUUGAAAAUUAACCAGCUGGCAUGGAAAAACUGGGCAAUCCUGGGACACUGUGGGCCAGAGCAGCCAGGGCUCUCCCAGUCCAGCCUUUCCUUGGAAACGUGAGGGGAAUGGGAGCAAAGUGGGGGCUGUCAGACAUGCUGCUGUAGCUGAGCUCUCCUGGUCCACAGAGUUUAUUUUUAACUAGACAGCCCCAAAUGUCAGGCCUUUGGUACAGAAUGUGCAUCCUGCCUACUGGGACAACCUUCAAACCCCAGGGAAGAGGUUAUCAGGGUCUGUUUUGCUUUCCUUAUCUGUUCCCCACAGAUGAAAACCUCUCAACUUUCUUAUUUUUGUGCCUUCCACUGAAAGCUGGAAGUUCAGAGCUCCUGGGGGUGGAGUCAGGAGGAUCCUCGUGUGAGCAGAGCUGGUGGCUCACACGAAGGGUUGGAGUGCUACCGUGGUCAUCAGGUUUGCAUCUUGCCAGUGAAGCCUUCAUGGUGUGACCUGCAUGGUUUGCUGGUGUUCUUAGGAUGGGGAAAGCUGCCCACCUGUCAGAGGAUCUUCCUUGAAGCUUCUUGGUGCAGGCAGCAGAAGAGAUGCCUCCUGGUUCCCUUGAGCUUUGCAGUCAACCUCGUUUCUCCCCUUCACCCAGAAAUGGGUGUUCUGGUGGUUGCAGCUGUGACUGGACCUGGAGGCUCUGCCUGGUUGGAGUUGCUUAUCCUUUCCUCCUUAGCCCCUGACUUGGCAGGGCAGAGAAUCUGACAAUAGGGUUCCUCAUACCAGCUCAAAACACCAUGUCCUUGGUCAGAGUGUUCAUCUGUUACAAAUCAGGUUUCUGGCUUAAGCUGCUCCCGAAGUGCUGGCAAGUGUUGACCAGCUUCUCCUGGCACCAUGUGCCGCAGGGCAUGGGCUGGGAUCACUUAAUAAGAAGAGGAUAACGUGGCAUUUUUAGAUCCAGAACUUAGGCUGAGUCACCUGAGAGCACAGGGAGCUGGCACCAAUCUUAGUGGUGAUGUGCAAGGCAGGAAGAAAGUACUAGGGUGGCAGAGUUGCCUCUGGGGCUUGUCAAGAGGCUUAAAUUAAGGCUUGCAAAGGUACUUGGAGAUCCCUGCAUAAAGGGAGUUCCUCCUUUGUC